AACAAGGAGAGGCAUGCGCACAGAGAGAGGCGGAGCUGCUAUAUAAACACGGACUCCCUCUUCUUCUGUAGCACACUGGACACAGUUGUGACGGUGAAACGCAGUCUCUGAGUGACGGCGGCCUUUGACAGCACUGAAACAGUUAAUGGUAGUUAGCGACAGUUGCUCUGACAAAUCCUUGGAGGAGUAACAAGUGUUUACUUAUUCGGAAGUUUGUUUCCAGACGUGAAAGUGAACUUUUUUUAGACAUUUUAAGUCUUUCUGGAAAUCUUAUUUUUUUCUAAAAAAAAAAAAAAAACAAUACUUUUUUCAUCUUUUAACGAACUUUGAAUUUCUGCCUUUUGGGCAUGGACAUGCUCUAAGAUGUGCUAAAACGGAACCAAUAAGAAGGAUAUAAUCAGGAUGACGGAGCCAGCGGAGCAGACCCAUCGCAUGGUAACUUCAGGCAGUCCAUCAGGUGAGAGUAGCGGGGACGCUUUGGAGCAUCUCCCAGCCAACAACCGUGGAGGACCGCAGAACGGCGAGAGGGGGCGCCAGAGAGCGGAGAAGCAUCAGCGUCAGGCGGAGGACUGCGAGGAUAUCAACACAGACAAGUUAUGGCAAAUGAAAGGCGGACGGAGGGAGGUGUGUCCCGCUUCAGCAGCCGGAAACGAGCUCUCCAAGUACCCGAAUGCUACCGAGCCUCACAAAACAACCGAUUCCGACGCUUCACCCGAUUGUGAUCACAAGCGACGCGGGAAAAAAGGCGAACACUGCCCGCUGCAGGAGACUUUGAACCGGUCGGGAGUGGAGAAUUUACUCAUCGACUCCGACACUGGCUUGGAAGGACGUCUGGGCAAAAAGAGACACAGACGCAGGACCUCGAAGAAGAAACGCCACUGGAAGCCUUACAACAAACUUUCAUGGGAGGAGAAGAAAGCCCUGGAGGAGCGGGAGACCGUGAGAGCUUCGCGGAUGAGGGAGGAGAUGUUCGCCAAGGGGCUCCCCGUCGCGCCCUAUAACACCACCCAGUUCCUGAUGGACGAGCACGACCGAGAGGAGCCCGACCUCAACACAGAAACCGGGGUCCGGCGGCUCUCUGGGGUCGGCGGUCGCAUGGAGGACACUGGAAGCGAGGAGGACCUCUUCGACAACGAGGAGGAAGACGACGACGACGGCAGCGGAGGAGGCGGCAGCGACGGCAUCGGGAGGCCCGGGAACGCAGGUGGAGAGUACCUCCAGCGGGACUUUUCCGAAACCUACGAGAUGUACCACGUCGAGAGUCUGCAGAACAUGACAAAACAAGAGCUGGUGCAGGAGUACCUGGAGCUGGAGAAGUGCAUGUCCCGGCUGGAGGAGGAGAACAACCGGCUGCGGCGCGCCGUGGAGCCCGGGGCCGCCGCGGAGAACCCCCAGGUCCGACUCCGGGAGUUGGAACUGGAGCUGGAGAGACUGAGAGCCGAGAACACCGAGCUGCUCCUCCAGAGUCAGCCCACCAAGGAGAGUGGGCAGGUCGCUAUGAAUUGAAAAAAGAAAAAAAACUCAAACGAUUCAAGAAGGUGGGGAAAAAAAAAACUGGACUACUGUUCUUUUUCUUCUAAUUAUUUUUUUUUAUCAGUUUCUGUAAUCAGUCUGUUGUCUGGACAAAGAAAGUCGUUGCACGGCGAUGCAAUAACCAACAUGACGUUUCUUUUUCAUUUGGGCUGUAAGCUGUCCUGUUAAAUUUUCUUCAGGAGAUGUAAAUAUUUCAAUAUGAAUAUUCUCCAUUUUUAUAUAUAUAAAUAUAUAUAUAAAAAAAGAUGUUUAACAAUACCAGGUUUCUGUUUUUCCAGUACAACUUUAUAGGAAUAUCUGCUGACAAACUCUUCCAUGUUUCAAAAAAAAAAAAAAAAAAUCUAAUUUCCUCUCCAGAAAUCAAAUAAGAAAUAACGGCAAAGUAGAGCAGCUUGCCAAUACCUUUUUUGUUUUUCUUUUUGCAAAAGCAAACUCCAGACUUACCAUUUUGACAGUUGUGUGUUAUAAUUGGUUCAAAUAAUAAUAAAAAAGUUUUGAUUAAA